AUGGUCUCUGACGGCAAAUGUUCCGAUGCAUACUUCCUACAAUCUAAUAUUUCACUUUAUGACGAUUCUUCUCUGAUAGAUACUGGAACCUUCAAAAUAUAUGAGGAAUUUUUUACAUGGGAAGGUACAUCAAAACAAUUCUUUAUUCCUUAUUCACAAAUAACCUCACAUGCUAUUGUCAGGAAUACGGUAGAGCAGACUGGAGAUAAUUCCAAUAAUUUAUUUCCUUACCCACAUUUAUUAGUAAUGAUCGUCGGAGAUCGUGUAUGGGAUUCAAAUACUACUGAUAAUUUAUCUGGUACGAAAUCACAAAACGAACAAGAUGGCAUGAAAAUUGAUGAAGGAGGUUCAGAUAAAGAAAAAAAAGACUCUGAUAGUGACCGCGCUCCAGACUGCCCUGCUUCUGAGUCCGCCCUCCGCUUCGUUCCACAAGAUUCAGCACAACUCGGAAUUAUGUAUCAAGUACUAUCCAUAUGUCAGGAAUCAAGUUCGGAUUCUGAAGUUGAUAAUUCGGACUACGACUAUUUCGCAGUAGAUUAUUAA